AUGUUGUCUUCUUUUCCCGGUCCUGUGUUUGCCGUCGCCCUUGUGCAGCUGCUGAGGGCACAACAACAACACCCCCAACAAGCGCGCUCUCGACACACGCUCCUCCCACCAGAAAUGUCUACGAUCUUAGCAUUUGUUGUCCGCCGUAGCACAGUAUCACCGCCCUUCUUCUCGACCAGGUGGCUUGCCUCCUCGGAUCCGACACCUCCACACCAGCUCCAGAGGAGGCUGACAGCCGUCAACACCACGCACUUGAUCAUCGGUGUUGUCCUCGGCGGAACAACCCUCGUCCUGAUCGCCGUCUUGUUGCUCCUCCUCUAUCUGAUCCGCCAGCGCCGCCACCGUGCAUCAUCCGAUCCCACCCCCAAACGAGCCCAGAACCACCUCUCGACAUCCUUCGCGUCGCCCAUAACUCUAGGCGACGUUGUCGGCGAUCUUACCAUCCGCCCCGUCACCCCGUCCCCGCGCCGUCUAGGCAUUGACGCCCCGUCCUCGACCCGAUGGGCUCACACGCUCGGUACAACCAGCAUGGGCGGCUGGGACCUAGAAGAAAAAGGCGCAGUGAAUAACACGCCGCUGUCGCUGCCGUCGCGAGGUGAAGGCUUGGAUGGUGGUGUAGGCAGAAGCCGCGGCAGUACUGGCAGCGGAGGUGCGGGGGGGCGGCAGCAACAGCAGCAGCAGCUUCAGCAGCCCUCCAUCUCGAGCAUCUUUGCUGCCGAGAUGUCGAGUUUGCUUGAGAGUAUCUCAAUCAAGUCAAGCUACAGCUCGCUACGGUCUGGGGGGCUGGGAGCGCCGCCACGGCGGGUGCAGAGAUGGGCGCAAGCCGUGGCGGUGGAUGGGGGAAUGGAGGGGGCCUCGAGGUCUGCGAGUGCUUCUGGACCGGAAGAGGAGGACGGGUCUGGUGCUGGUGGUGCUGGUGUGGCCGUGUCAUCUAGUCCGAAGGAGGAUCUGGUGGUAGAGGAGAGCAGUGGGACGGCAAAUGAUGAGGGCGGUAUGGACCUUGCUUGA